UUAUCAUACUAUGCUAAUCGAUGGCUAAAUUUCUCCGCAGUCCAUUUCCUAGCAACAAAAUUCAUACUUGGAGCUCCGUGUGUAUUGAUAUUUCUAAUCUUGAAGUGGAUGAGAAGGCAUCAAGCGACCGAUGAAAACAUCGAAGAGUUUUUACGAGCUCACAAUAACUUUUUUCCCAUAAGGUACUCUUACUCGGAUAUCAAGAGGAUCACACAAAAUUUCAAAUGCAAGUUAGGUGAGGGGGGAUAUGGUUUUGUAUACAGAGGAAUACUUAGAAGUGGUAAUGAAGUUGCGGUUAAGAUUUUGAACAAAUCAAAAUCUAAUGGCCAAGAUUUUAUAAGUGAAGUGGCCACAAUUGGAAGGAUCCACCACGUUAAUGUAGUGCAACUUGUUGGCUUUUGCUUCGAAUACUCCAAACAAGCUCUUGUCUAUGAUUUCAUGCCGAAUGGAUCUUUGGAUAAACACAUUUCCUAUAAGGAUGGUGAUGAUCCUCUUGAUUAUAAGAAAAUGUAUGAGAUCUCUCUUGGCAUAGCUAGAGGGAUAGAGUAUCUACAUCGGGGAUGUGAUAUGCAAAUUCUACAUUUUGACAUCAAGCCUCACAACAUUCUCUUAGACCAAAGUUUCACUCCGAAAGUUUCUGACUUUGGACUUGCAAGACUUUAUCCGACCGAUCGCAGUAUAGUAUCGCUGACUGCAGCAAGAGGAACCUUGGGUUAUAUGGCUCCUGAGCUAUUCUAUAAAGACAUUGGUGGCAUUUCUUACAAAGCUGAUGUUUAUAGUUUUGGGAUGUUAUUAAUGGAAAUGGCUGGUAGAAGGAGAAAUCUAAAUGCACAUGCAGAGCGUUCGAGUCAAAUUUACUUUCCUUUGUGGGUUUAUGAUCAACUUAGCAAAGAAAAGGAACUUGAAAUGGUAGAUGUCAUAGAAGAGGAAAGAGAAACAACGAGGAAGAUGAUAAUCGUUGCACUAUGGUGUAUACAAUUGAGCCCUAAUGAUCGGCCAUCGAUGAGGAAAGUCCUAGAUAUGCUUGAAGGAGAUAUGGAUAAACUACAACUACCUCCAAAACCACUUUUGUAUCCAAGAGAGGCACCCAUUGAUGAUGUUGACAUUGAGAUAGAACUUGAAACGGUCUCAUCUUCGUCAAGUACUCCAAUAGUUUCUAGCGGUUCCCAAUUUUAUCAUGACCGUGAGUUUAUGAAAUCAUGUAUCGUGUGAUUGUUUCCCUAUAAUUAGAUGCAAAAAUUAUAAAUAGCACUAUCAAGAUGUAUCAUCAUUCAAAAUGUAAUCUGUGAAGCUUUUACAUGUUUUUCAUAUGGCACUAGUGUUUUCUGGUAGACUUGUUAUGUCCAUAUUUUAUACAUGAUGAUGAAUGUUGUAUGGCAUUCAUUCAAUUUUUGU